UUUUUCCCAUUUUAACACCCGCGCACUCCUUCUCCUUUCGCAGAAAGCUAAGAGCUGAGAGAGUUCUUUGCUCUCUUUCUCAACCUCGUCCAAAGCUUCCUCUUCUCCUUACACCACAUCCUCACACGGCUCUACUACACCACAUCCUCACACGGCUCUGCUACACCACACCACCACGCGGCUCUCUUACGACGCAACGACGCCGCAGCUCUCCUACGUCGCACCACCGUCUCGCUGUGCUCUUCUGCUUCUUUGCUCGCCGCUGCUUUCUUGUGCUCCGCGUCUCCUUUGCUACUUGUGCCACCUCUGCUCCAUCCAUCCCUGCUUGAUUCGCUUUCCCUCAUCACAAUAGGUAGGCUUUUAGUUUUUUUUUUCUGAUUUAGGCAAUUAGGGUUCCUAAUCCCCAUUGUCAAGAACAAAACACACGGCUCAAGUUGAUGCAGCUGGGCUCAAUAUUCCUUUUGAAGAAGGCCCCCAGUGUUAGGUAAUGGAAGAUCUCUGUGAGCGCUAUUUUGGUCCUUUAUUUGAACUUCUUUCACAUGAUAAGUUGGGAGCUCCUGAGAUUGUUCCAGAUUAUCCAAUUCUUUCUGUUGAUGACCUAGCAGAUCAAAUAGCCGAGGUUCUCAACUUUUUUGGUCUUAGUGCAGUAAUGUGCAUGGGAGUAGCUGCCGGGGCUUACAUUCUUACCUUAUUUGCUAUGAAGUAUAGACAACGUGUACUUGGUUUGAUACUUGUUUCACCUCUAUGCAAAGAACCAUCUUGGACUGAGUGGUUGUGCAACAAGGUCAUGUCAAAUUUACUCUAUUUUUGUGGCAUGUGCAGGGUGGCAAAGGAAAUGUUGCUGAAGCGGUACUAUAGCAAGGACAUUCGAGGUGGUGCUCAAUUCCCAGAGUCAGAUAUAGUUAAAGCUUGCCGAAGGAGGAAACAUGAAUUCAGAGGAAGCUGCACAAAUUCCCAGAAGAACUAGUAGGCUUCAUCUUCUGCACAAAAUUCUGCUUCAUAUUUAGUUAAGUUUUGUUUGCUUUCUAUUUCUUUUUGGUCUUUAGUUUCAUCCUAUAUUAUUAUUAGUUAACUGGUUUCAAUUUUGUUCCUUGGAUUUGAGUUUCUUCUCCAAAAGAGCUAACUUCUUUUUCAUGUGAUUGGUUAUUUGGAUAUUAUGGGCUUGAUUGUGUAAAUGUGUAACUAUGAUAACAGGGUGAAGUGGAUGCUGUUUUUGUUCAUGCUAUACUAGCAGUGUGAAACUUGCAGUGUGUCUAGUGAUUCUUUGAUAGUGCUAGUUCAGUUGGAUUUUUCAUUUCUUCUUGCACUGGGAUUUCCCUAUAAGCCACGUGGUUUACACUUUGUCUACUUACUUUAUAUAUUCUUUCCCAUUUACUGAAAUUUUGGCUUGUUUGAUUUUCUGGAUAAAUGUACCGAUAAUUCACCCUGUUUGCAUAUUUGUGUUUUGUAGAGUCAACUGAAGGCUAAGUGGGAAGAGUAGAAGAAAUUGCUUGAGAAGGCAAGAAAUGACGCUGAGAAGAAAUAUGAUGAAAUAAAUGAGCAGAAUAAAAUACUUCAUAGCCAUCUUGAAGCUUUGCAUAUUCGGAAGGCAAAGAAGGAGCGCAAUGCUGCUAGUAUAUCAUUUGGAAGUAGUAGUGCAGAUACAUUUGGUGAUGCUGGUCUUCAAACUGUGAUGACUUGUCUCCGGAAUUCAAAAGAAAUUGUAAAUACUUGUCACGUGCUGCAAAUUUGUUUCGCUUGUAUAUUUGUAUAUUCAUUUUAAGUUCUCUACUUUCACAGUCAGAAACAGAAGUGUCAGCUUUGAUAUUAUUAGUAGUAAAUUUUAAGUGAUAUUAUGGUUAUUUUGAUAUUAUUUAAAGAAAUUAUUUAGUAUAAUUAUAUAUUUAUUUUUAUUUUAUAAUA